AUGACUGGAUCAAAUGAAUUUAAAUUAAACCAGCCUCCAGAAGAUGGUAUUUCAUCAGUGAAGUUUAGUCCAAACACAUCUCAGUUUCUGCUCGUUUCAUCAUGGGAUACUUCGGUCCGUCUCUACGAUGUGCCUGCCAAUACUAUGAGACUCAAAUAUCAACAUUCAGGAGCUGUUCUUGACUGUGCUUUUUAUGAUCCUACACAUGCCUGGAGUGGAGGAUUAGAUCAGCAGUUGAAAAUGCAUGACUUGAACACAGAUCAAGAAAACCUUGUUGGCACCCAUGAUGCUCCUAUCAGAUGUGUCGAAUAUUGUCCAGAGGUGAAUGUAAUGGUGACUGGAAGUUGGGAUCAGACAGUUAAAUUGUGGGAUCCCAGGACUCCUUGUAAUGCAGGAACCUUCUCUCAACCCGAGAAGGUGUAUACGCUCUCUGUAUCUGGAGAUAGACUAAUUGUGGGGACUGCAGGUCGGAGAGUCUUGGUCUGGGAUCUACGGAAUAUGGGUUAUGUCCAGCAGAGAAGAGAGUCAAGUUUGAAGUAUCAGACCCGUUGCAUCAGAGCAUUUCCAAACAAACAGGGUUAUGUUUUAAGCUCUAUUGAAGGUCGUGUUGCAGUAGAGUACUUGGAUCCAAGUCCAGAAAUACAGAAGAAGAAAUAUGCAUUCAAGUGUCACAGAUUGAAGGAGAAUAAUAUUGAGCAGAUUUAUCCAGUUAAUGCUAUUUCUUUCCACAACAUCCACAACACGUUUGCUACAGGUGGUUCUGAUGGAUUUGUAAACAUUUGGGAUCCGUUUAAUAAAAAGCGACUAUGUCAGUUCCAUCGGUAUCCCACAAGCAUAGCAUCACUUGCCUUCAGUAACGAUGGAACCACCCUUGCAAUAGCAUCCUCAUACAUGUAUGAAAUGGAUGACAUUGAACAUCCUGAAGAUGGUAUCUUCAUUCGCCAAGUGACAGAUGCAGAAACAAAACCCAAGUCUACUUAAAAAUCUGGCAGGAAGCUUCAGCUCUUCUUUAUGAAAGGCUUGUUUACCUGCUCCUAACAAGACUAGCCUGUAAUGGUGAUUAAAAGAUAGAAGUGGAAAGAACAUUUUUUUUGUAUUGAUUUGCCUUUUAACUAAGAAACUUGUGUCUUUCUGUACCUUUUGUAUACUUCACUCUAGUGUUGUUUCUUUUUUUUUAUUUAGAGCAUCAGUUCAUCCAUGCUUUGUUUAACUGCAGUCUUAAAAGUAAAAUGAGUCUUUCCUGUAAGCAAACUGUGUUAAAAUCACUUACUGCAUUUUUGUUCUGGAAGUUUCCGGUAGUUUCAGAACUGCUCAAUAAAUCACGUUGAAAACCUUAA